CCUGCUGAUUCUUCUGCUAGACAUUUCUCUCAAACUUUUUCACAGGGCCAGCAGAUUGCUAGGGUACCACACUCAAGUGUUUAACAAGGCUGUUAGCCAGGAGAUUUUACACUGAAUUUAUUUAGACCUUCCUUUAUUCUAGAAGGAAUUGGAGGUGGCUAAUGAAAAGAUUUCAUAGGCAUUGCUUAGUGGUCUGUUGUUAACGAGCUGAGUUUCCGUAUUGCUGUAUGGUAUGGGGCAGACAUGUUAGGAGGAAUGAUAAAAGAAACUAAAACACGAGUUUAACACUUCCGUUUUUGCUUCCUCUUAUGUUUUUAAGUAAAGAUCUGUCACAAAUUCAGAGCAUGAAUUCUUUCCAAACUGCAAGCACUUUGGGGUAUCUAGGCUGUAGUUUAUAAGGGGCAAGUUCCUGGAAUAUUUUUUACUUUCCUUGUUAGUUUAGUUUUUUUUUUUUUUUUUUUGUGUGUGUGUGUGUGCUAGUAGAGUAGGCAGGCAAGUGUAUUACCUUUUAAUUCUCUGUUAUCCUGAGACUAGAUCUUCCUGUUUUUCCAUUUGCACAUAAUCUGAUCCCAUGCUCAUCCCCAGAGUCUCGACACCCAGCUCCUGUUUCUUCAGUUCUUCCCCAGUGCAACCUCUAGAGCCCAAGGCUUCAUUACUGAUACAUUCUUGUUGCUUGGACCAAAUGCUAUCUAUUCCUCCUGUUUAAAAACUCAUCCCAUCUCAACUCCGUGUUCCUUCUUGUGUUUGGCGACUAUCUUGGAAUAUAAGCAAAGGACUGCAAAGGUGGACAAGGUGGUUAGUUGUGUUCUCUCCACCUCUUUCCUGUCUCACUGCCUUAGAAGGCCUGGGCUGCUCAGUCUUCUUAACACUUUGGCACUAAGUGUGAGGGCUGUAAGCACCUUAAUUCCUUUUUAUGGGAAGUAAGAAGAGGACCAAAGGUGUAGACAAACAGUGGCAUUCUCUUGGCACAUGCAUGGGCUUGAGUUUCCUGUCACAGUCUGUGCAGUCAGCUAAACUGGAAAUGGUGGGCAUUCGCUCACCACACCCACACCCAGUCCACUCCACUGACGUGUCAGCCUUUCCUGUACCUCAGGGCGGGAUUCCAACUGCUGCUAUCAAGAUUUCUCUGCUGCCCCACUGUGUUCCUGUCCCGUGGGCACAGAGCUGUCCCAGCAGUUCUCAAGAACACGUGGGUGCUAGGUUUGGAAGCUGGAAUGCCUAAAUCUAAAAUCUGGCUAGGGCUUAUGACUUGACAGGAAAUGUAUACUUAACCCAGAGCCCCAGACUUGUCUCUAGAAUGGGGGUGAUGCUGGGAGAGUGUACGGAGAGGUCAGGAGAACAGACUUGGAGGGAAGGGUGACUCUUAUACCUAGUGACUCCUCAGAAUUUUAACUCCUUGCCUGCUUAAGGAGCCAUAAGAGUCCCAGACAGCGCGGUUAGAGAUGGGUGGUGGGAGGUAAGGGUCAGGUACAACAGGACGUGGGAGGGUGAGGUUGUGGUAAAGGUGAGUGGACAGUAGGGAUUCCCAGAUACCUCUUUGAAUUCCAAAAUGGCCCAGCCCUUGAAAUCUGGCUUGCUCUGCAGGGCCUAUUUCCAGGACUCAGACCUCAGAAACUGCUCCAGGGCCACUGCUGACACCUAGGUCAGGCCCUGAAGUUCCUGGUUUGCUUUUUCCCUCCCCUUUCUCAGGCUGCUCGAGGCUCUGACUGUGGCAUUCGUUGCUGAGCACGUAGGUCCCUCGGGGUUCUGAUGAAUGCUUGUCUCCACCCUCCUCAAACUCCCUCCAGGCUUCUUUUACUUUAAAAUACCAAGGAAUCCAGGUCCAGGCUCACACACCCCCAUUCACCUUUUGGGUUACUACAAAAGCCUCUGAUUCCUUCCCUCCCUUGGGCUUAGGGUUUACACUAUGCACAGGCCUAUCUCUGGUUUCCCCGCCCACAGAAGAAAAAAAAAAAAACAAGAAAGACUCGAAAUGACUUCUGCUCGCCUUGGGCAGCAGGUGUUUCCUCCCCCAGCUUCCCUUUUUGCACCUAGUACUUGUUGAUUGCAGGCACUGCACUCACCCCUCGCCUUUCUCCAGCUCAAACUCUGCGGCUUUCCUGGUUUGGAUAUAGGCAAUAGUUUCCAGGUUCUUCGUGUUGGGUUUGAUGAACUCUCUACUUGGGAACGCUCCACCAAGUCCGCACCCCUCAAAGUCGGUAAAGUUCUAGACUCAGACUCCUGGGCUGGGCUGGAUUAAGGGACACUCUUGGGGAAAGUCUGUACUGGACGAGGCUGAGGGUGUGAGUGGGAUCCGCAUCUACACUGAGAGUUGUGACUAGGGAAAGGGCCCCAGACAAACAUCUCUUCUACCACUGCCUUUCGAAGUUGGGAGACCGGGGGAAACCCGCUGUUUAGGUCUCGACAGGUGAUCGGGAAGUCAGCCGAAGAGGCAGGCCCCGGAAGGAGGGGCCAGCGCAGACUCGCCCGUGGUAGGGCGGGGACCAACCGAGGGGGCUCAGGGAGCCCCGCCCCGCCCUCCCGGGGAAGGGCCACGUUGCCCGCUGGCAGGGCCCGGCGGGCGCCGCAGGAAGACCGGCGAGACGGGACGCGGCCGCUGGGUCUCGCCGGUCCGGAGCGAGCCUGGUUCCAGGCAGGGAGAGUUGGGAGUAUCUGACAUCAGGGACCUUGGAGAUGACCAAAGUCAACUUGUCUGUUUACAGAUGAGGAACUGAUACAACGAUUCAUCAGGUUCAUGGCUUCUUCCUAAUCUCAGCGCGGAAGAAUCAACCCUUAGAUUUGGAAAGUGAGCCAGGCAAGCCCAAGGCAGCCUUGAGCCCUCCCCUUGCCUGCCCUCCCCUGUGGGGGCCAGGAUGCUGAAGAAGCAGUCUGCAGGGCUUGUGCUUUGGGGUGCUAUUAUCUUUGUGGGCUGGAAUGCCCUACUGCUCCUCUUCUUCUGGACACGCCCAGCACCUGGCAGGCUACCCUCAGACAGUGCUCUUGAUGACGACCCCGCCAGCCUCUCCCGUGAGGUGAUCCGCCUGGCCGAGGAUGCUGAGGUAGAGUUGGAACGGCAGCGGGGACUGUUGCAGCAAAUCAGGGAUCAUCAUGCUUUGUGGAACCAGAGGUGGAAAGUGCCCACUGUGGCCCCUCCAGCCUGGCCCCGUGUACCUGUGACCCCCUCACCAACAGUGAUCCCCAUCCUGGUCAUUGCCUGUGACCGCAGCACUGUCCGGCGCUGCCUGGAUAAGUUGUUGCACUAUCGGCCUUCAGCUGAGCGUUUCCCCAUCAUCGUCAGCCAGGACUGUGGGCACGAGGAGACAGCACAGGUCAUUGCUUCCUAUGGCAGUGCUAUCACACACAUCCGGCAGCCAGACCUGAGUAACAUUGCUGUACAGCCAGACCACCGCAAGUUCCAGGGUUACUACAAGAUCGCCAGGCACUACCGCUGGGCACUGGGUCAGAUCUUCAACAAGUUCAAGUUCCCAGCAGUUGUAGUCGUGGAGGAUGAUCUGGAGGUGGCACCAGACUUUUUUGAGUACUUCCAGGCCACCUAUCCACUGCUGAGAACAGACCCCUCCCUUUGGUGUGUGUCUGCAUGGAAUGACAACGGCAAGGAGCAGAUGGUAGACUCGAGCAAACCUGAGCUGCUCUAUCGAACAGACUUUUUUCCUGGCCUAGGCUGGCUGCUGUUGGCUGAACUGUGGGCAGAGCUGGAACCCAAGUGGCCCAAGGCCUUCUGGGAUGACUGGAUGCGCAGACCUGAGCAGCGGAAGGGACGGGCCUGUAUUCGGCCAGAAAUUUCGAGAACGAUGACCUUUGGCCGCAAGGGUGUGAGCCAUGGGCAGUUCUUUGACCAGCAUCUUAAGUUCAUCAAGCUGAACCAGCAGUUUGUGUCCUUCACCCAGCUGGACUUGUCGUACCUGCAGCAGGAGGCCUAUGACCGGGAUUUCCUUGCCCGUGUCUAUGGUGCCCCCCAGCUGCAGGUGGAGAAAGUGAGGACCAAUGACCAGAAGGAACUGGGGGAGGUGCGGGUACAGUACACUAGCAGAGACAGCUUCAAGGCCUUUGCUAAGGCCCUGGGUGUCAUGGAUGACCUCAAGUCCGGUGUCCCCAGGGCUGGCUAUCGGGGCAUUGUCACUUUUCAGUUCCGGGGCCGGCGUGUCCAUCUGGCACCCCCACAGACCUGGGGUGGCUAUGAUCCUAGCUGGAACUAGCACCUGCCUUUCCCUGCUGGGUCUCCUUGGCACACCAUGAGCUGAGACAGGCCUGCAGUCCCGGGCUAUACCAUCCUGUCAGUGUUUCCCUCUUGGGUCUAUAAUCUUUCUCUUUCUGUGCCCCCCUCCCCAGUGGCAUUCUAGUGCACAAACCAUGAUGAGGGUUAUACUCCUGUUAUCAGGAGAACUAUUGUGUGGUGUAUUUGGUGAUACUGAACAAGAAACCACUGUGUGGUAUGGGGAGGCUUGGGCUUGUUGGGGCCAGGGUAAGGGCAUCUGCAGAGAGCUUGGCAGCUCUAGCUCUCUUGACCAGGCCUGUUGACCCUGACCUGGCUUCUGUCGGAACAUGAACCCACCUUAUAUACCUAUUCUCCCUUUCUUCACCUUCCCCCAGUGUGGGGCUAGGUUAUGGAAGAAAGAAUGGGGUUGUGGCCAAAUGAGACUAACCAAAGGGGCUUCACUCUCAGGGUCAGAUUGGAGUUGUUGGGGUGCCUGGGGCCACUGCCUCCUGGCCUCUCUUCCUGCUGACUCUCUAAUGUUCUUCUCCUGCAGCACAGCAGCUUGUGGUUGGGAGAUGGGAGGUGGAAAGGGAGAGCAAUUUCUGUGCUAGGGUCAGCUGUCAGGAAAGCCCCGUACUUGGGCACCCCUCCUUUCUGGAAGUCAGUUCUCUCUGUGUCCGUUAGGAGGAGUUGGUGCCAGCCUGGUGGGAGACAGUGGGCUGACUUCUGUGCCUCUUUUCCCCUGGGGUUUGGUGUAGAGGCUCCUCCCUGAGGGCUGGCUCCUGGUGGCCAUCUCAGAGCAAAGUAUCCCAGGACAUCUCUGGCCCCAAACCAGCUUCUGUCCUGCCUUCCUAAGCAUUCCCACAUCUCCCCCCGCCAAGCUGCAGGUAGCAGGUUGGAGAGAAAUUUGUGUGUUUUUGUUUGUUGCCUGACCUUAGUUUCAUGGAAGAAAAUUAAAUCUACAGAAUUAUUUUCAAAAAUAAAGGCUGAAUUGUCUGA